UUGUGAGUCAUAGGAGACAAACUGUACACUGGAAUUGGCAGAAUUUGGCGUGUGCUGUAGGUUGCUGACAGACGUGCGACAUAACUUUGUAGACCAACCAAUAGAAUUAUUCUAUCACCAGAGUGCUGAGCAUCAGAAACACUGUAUGAGACCAGUGCAGUCUCUCUUUACUGUUUGUCUUUCAACACUGUGCUACUCUCAGCUCAAUGCUUGCCUCUUUUUUUUUUUUGCAUUCUUCCCCACAGAUUUUCAAGCAAAAGAGACACUGCUUGCAGUCUACCAAACAUACAAACUGUGGUUUAAUCUUCAGACUUAUAGUUUUAUCAACAGACUUAAAUAUAAUGUAGGCUGUAUGUUAAAUACAUGUAUAUGUAGGUUGCUGUAUAUCGCCUUGUGGAACGUAAUAAACAGUACUCUACAUAUGACAGUAUCGCUUAAUAACUGUUGGUGUCAGUGGUUUUCUUCCAGAGACUUAAGCACAUGCUUAUACAUCAUCAUAAAGAGUGCCAUAUGAAAUGAGGGUCUUCGGUUGGUCAUCAGAAAAUAUUGUUUUAUUUUAAAGUUUGGGGGACUAGAGCUAAAUUUUUGUUGUUUACAUGUAGGUCUUGCUUGUUUAUGACGAAGCAGAGGUGCGCAAGAUUGUGAAGGCUGCUCACUGGGUUAUGGACCGACUUGGUUUAGUAGAAGGUGUUACAUCUCCAAGGGGAUUGCUCGUGAGUUUCAAGGGUUUCACAGAGUCUUUGAUGCUCUUAGCAAGCUUGUGCAACAAGAGACAAAAGGAGCUCAGUAAUCCACGUCAGAGGGACAGGCUUUUGUCAGCAAUGAUGACUCUAAAGAAGUCUAUAGGAUUAUUGUCAACAUCCAUGCAGACAUAUCUGAAUAAUGCAGCCAAUCUCCAAGCAAAGGCUAGUCGUGACUACGUGGUCGGUCAAAUCAUGCUGGCUUGUACCGAAAUUAUCAAAAUAGUAGAAGCCCGGGAAGAUCUGGAUCAGAGUGUUGAUCAGCCUGGUUACAUGGCUGCUACAUUGGAAAAGGCCCACAAGCAACUGUCUCCCCACAGUAGACUGGGAGCUGGUAAUGAGCUUGACUGUUACUUGGAUGCUAUUGUGCGAAGCAGCAUGGGCGUGGCCAACAGCUGUGAUGGUCGAAGAAGGGAAUGCAUUGUACAGGCCUGUCAAAGUGUUCUUAACAUGAGAAAUGAGCUUGCUGAGCUGCAGAAAACGUUUUUAGCAAACCCUUUGUCACAAAGGUCAAGGCAUGAACUUGACCUGGCAUCAGAACGGUUAUCAGUUGAGCUGAAGAGACUAGACCGUCAUGUCUCCACUGCUGUCAUAGAUCACAUCACCACUGUGUUUGCUGAUGCUGAGCUCCCAGUACACAACAUGAUCCAAGCUGCUACAGCGCCACUCCUGGAUAUGAGUGUACAAAGUCAAGAACACGCAAUGAUGAGGAUAAAGGGAAAAGCUGACGAAUUUCAGAAACAUGCAUUGAGGCUAGCAGAGGUAGCUAGACAGUCUGCAGCGAUUUCAGCAGAUGCAAGAAGAGUACAAACAAUCAACAGCACAGCUAGUGACAUAGAGAAACUCGCUCCACAGCUGGUGUCUGCAGCUGUAAGAGUGCGACAGACUCCUAAAGACACAAGCUGUACAGAGCGUCUGGGACAGCUGAGAAGGGAAUGGACGGCAAAGAUCCAUGCUCUUACAUCAGUGGUUGAUGAUGUCACAGACUUCAAUGACUUUGUGUUGAUGACUGACUUUAACAUCCAGGAAGAUAUUACUUGUUGUCGUCAAGCAUUACAACUGCAAGAUAUCCAGAAGGUGUCCCAGACCUCUCUCAGAAUGCUUGGCCGAGCAAGGAGAGUAGCCCUGGUUACUAAGAAGGAGAUGAAUAUGACUGCUGACCCAAUGUACAAAGGAAACUUACAGUCAGCUUGUGGUCAGCUGGAGUCAGUCCUUCCAGCUCUGGUUCAAAGUGUAGAAGGAACCUUGGUAAAUAUGUCGGAUGUUGACCAACACAGCAAACUUUGUGAGAAUUCUGAACUGCUAGGAGACAAAGUGAAGAUGAUCAAAUCAGCAUUGAAACGUCCUGCAGGAAUCAACAUAGAUUUAACUGAUUAUGGCAGUGAGGACACAGGCAUCAAAGGCUUUGAUGUGAAAGACAACAUGCUGGAUUUGUUUGAGGUUUUAAGGGCACGUCACCCUACGGCAGUUAGUGACACAGUGUCAGUUGGUGAAGCAGCAGAUUUAAUAGAGCUUGGUAGUGAACCUGUUAAAGUAACACCUUUGGAACCUACUGGUCUCCAUGUAGAAGAAAUCGAACCAGAAUCACAACCUCGUCGCCAUAAGUUGCCAAGAGACGCAAAGAAACGGGACACCUCACGGGACGCUUCAUGGGACGCUUCACGGGACAGAUCCCAGCUAACCCGCAGCAUUGAUUCCGAAGACCUGCUCUUCAACUUCUCAGAAGAUGAUGAAAUGGAUAGGAUCCAGAGGAAAGCUCUACUAGGGAUAACUGAGAGGCACUGGGACGAGGCUCCAUUGUCGGCGGCCAUUGUUCGCCCCAUUAAACCGGCCCAGACCUCUCGUGCACCAGUCUCCAGACUCCUAAAUGCCGUGAAGGUCAGAGACUUCGACUUGGCUGAGUUGGAACUAAGAAAAGUUGAGUCAAGAGCUUCUGCACUGAGAACACUGGCAAGCUCUUCUGCAGAUAAAUCAAGGAAUUUGGAAGGAGUAAGGCUUGUUCGAGUGUCAGCAGGAGAAAUUGAAAAACUGACGCCACUUAUCGUACAAGCAACACGUGAUUUCAGAGCCAACCCACGUGAUUUGGUUGCUGUUGAACGCUUGCAGACCAUUGGUCGAGAAUGGGCCUCUAAAGUUCACGUGCUCUCUGGAGCUGUUGAUGAAAUUGUGACUCCGUGGUCAGCUGCCGCUUCUAAGCUGGCUUUAGCUGCGACUUCUGGUGACGCAGAAGAGUUAAAAAAACAGGUGGACAACAUAAACAAGCAUGUUCUGCGACUCAGACAGCUUGCUGUGGCUGCAAAAGCUGCAGGUGACGCUGAAGACUACGCUAUGGAUGCUGGGAAUGAAGGUGAAGCGCCUGCGCGUGACCCAGCCUCUCUCCAGCGGGUAGAACAAGUUCAUAUGACGUCAGCAGAAAUCGAGAGAAUGACACCUCAGCUGAUUACAGCUGCUCAGGCGCUGUCAAGAGAUCCAACGGACAUUGCAAAUGUUGAAAGACUGGAACUUCGUAGAAGGGACUGGGCCUCAAAGGUUCACAGUCUGGUGUAUGCAGUAGAUGACGUCACUGUAGGGACAUCUGCGCCUGUCGAACAAUUGGCUGCUGUUGCCUUGGCAGGGGACCAGCAUGCAUUGCAGGAAAACUCCCGGAUGUUAACGUCAUACGCGCGAACUCUAAAAGGAAUGGUUGAUGCAGCUAUAGCAGGUUGUAAUGAUCCCAAGAAAGUCAGCUUAGCCAAGGCAACUGUAAACUCCGUUGAGAAGUUGACCGCUGACCUGCAAGACACAGCUCGCUCGGUGUCGGAGAUGGCAUUACGAGGACGAAGAACACUGGAACAAAGCUUAUCAUACAUGGGGGUGGUAGAGAGGAUGAAUAUGCUUCAGAGAGAAUGGGCUACAAAGGUUCAUUUGCUGACAGCUCUCGUGGAUGACCUGACCGCUGAAGCAUCUGCACCGGUGGAUCGCCUCGCGGGCGCAGCGCUUGCUGUUAGUAAAGCAGAACUCGGUGAAAGAAUACAACAACAAAGCAGAUUUGAGAUGCAAGCGGACGAACUGAAAGCACGCGUGGCACGCGUCAGAACGCACGCUAGUAAAGCUGUGGAGAAUUCCCGGCACGCGAGUAAAGUCAGGACUGUUCGCGUGACUGGUGACUUCAUUGAUAGGCUGACACCGCAAGUUAUUGCCGCGGCACGUGCUCUGGCAGACAAUCCAGAUCAGCCAACUGUGGAACAUUUCCAGAUGUUGCGGCGUCAGUGGGCGUCCAAAGCACAGCUGUUAAUGGCUACACUUGAUGAACUGCCUGAUGCUGACACUGCAGCAGUGCAAGAUGUGUUCCAGGAUUUAUUAGGCAUCCCACAGUUAGACCCCUCACAGAGCUUUGAGUCCCUGAACGAAGAGGAAAAAGAAACUAUCGCGGGCUCAACCCGUGGGCCGCCGUCAGUAACACCCCUACACUCCCAGGAAGACAGUUUGCAACAAUCCUCCACCCCGUCGAGAAGUUUGCUACCUGGAGUGGGUCGAUCGCCAGAGAUGAGCUCCUAUUUUGAUGACAUGGCAUUGACCAGUAGGACGGAUUCCCUGGAGAGAUCAUAUUCAUUUUCCGACACCGAGAGUGCUCCAGAGGUCCGUCGGUUGCGAGGGCCUUGGGGAUCAGCUAGUGAAACGGACCUCAUGAGAAAGGCCCUGGUUGAUGAGCUCCAUCAACGCUUUUCCUCGGCCGAAUCUCUCAACCGGGCUGAAAUUGCGGCUCCUGCUUCUCGUCGUCGGCUUAGAGCUGCAAGUAUUUCGGGACUUACUCGCGGUGACCCCGAGUGGAAAUCGACUUCUAUUGAAGAACUGAGGGCGAGGAAAAGCUCCAAGUCAAUUGAGCUCGCCGCUCAACUCCUACAAGAAGAAACAGACAAAUGGGAGGAAGAGAACAAUUCAAUCGUGAUGGUGGCCAAGGAGAUGGCUCAACAAAUGCUACAGAUCGCCAAGUUCGCUCGAGGAGGAAACCGACUUCAGAAUAAAAUGGAAAUGAUUAACACAGCAAAAGCUAUCGCGUCCAAUGCCAAGUUUAUUCUCAAGUUUGCUCACGUCAUUGCUGAACAGAGUGUCGACGAAAGGAGUAGAAAUGAUUUGCUGUACUAUGCAGAAUACCUGCCAACCAUCAGUACACAGCUCAAAAUCAUUUCGUCUGUUAAAGCAGCCACUCCCUCGGACAUUUCGGCAGACGCAAUGCUGGUAAAAAAUGCACAAAAUCUUAUGCAAGCCGUUGUGAAAACUCUAAAAGCUGCUGAGGCCGCUUGUGUAAAGGGUCUCCGCCCACCUGGGCCAGAUGCCUCGUCUGAUCACACGGAAGCCGCUGAUCUCGCUUUUCAGUGGAAAAAGAAACUAAGAAGACAACGUGCAAUCGAGGUUCUGACCGCAUCACGUGACCAACUAGGUCUGCGCAGACGAGAGAAAAACAGUUCCACUCCUUCUUUGGUAGAUAUUGUUCACGUGUAACACAAAGUCCUGCUUGCAGAGAUGGGUCAGCUUAUACCACAGCCAAAUUAUCCGUCAAGGAGAAAACGUCGUUCCCAAAAGGCUUUUAUUAGUGUAAAGAAUGAUAAUAAUGUAAAGGCCAUUAGCAGGUUUUCGUUGUAAAACAGACAUGUAAAUAGGUUUUUCACAGGUGAGUUUACAAAAAACCAAUUCCUUCCACGGCUGUUUACAUCUUUUUGGUUUUAGUGAGGCACGGAAUAGACAUUUUGUGAAAGAACUCCUGUGUACAAAGCCUCCUUUACAAGAAAUACAUUGUCUACAUUGUCUCAACAAAUUCUUCUGUUCUUUCGUACAGUGUUCAUUGUUACUCACUUUUUGUAACUGUUGCUGUUUGAAUAAAGUAAAAAACACAAGAACACAA